UUGCUCUAAUACUUCUUUGGUUUUGUUAUUUUUUUCCGCCCAUAUAAUUCAUCUAAAGUUCAAUAAACUCAUCUACGCUUUUUGUUUUUUUUUUCUUUAAGAGAGGUAGUUUUUAUUAUAUAACAAAAAAAACUCAUAAAUACGCUGUGUAAAAAGAGUGAGAGAUGGAGAGAGAGAGAAUGUGGUGGUGGUCAUCGUCGUCGACAAAACUCCGAUCAAAUCUUGAGAGAUUUCUUAUCGGAAUCACUCCAAUCCCUCCUUCUUUCUCUUUAUCACAGAGCUGCGAGAACGAUUUGAACAGUUUGUGGAUCCAGGAGAGCAAAGAUGAGACCGAAUAUUUUAAGCUUAGUGAUCUUUGGGAUUAUUUUGAUGAGCUGAGCGCCUAUGGACUCGGAUCAAAGGUUGUUUUAAACAAUGGUGACUCCGUUAUGCAGUACUAUGUCCCCUAUCUAUCCGCCAUUCAAAUCUAUACUAACAACAAAUCUACAGCUAUGUCCAGGAACCAGAGUGAUGUUGUUGAUUAUGAAAGUGAAUGUUGGAGUGAUGAUAGUGAGAUUGAGAAGUUGCCAAGGUCACUGAGCAGUCGUUCUAGUAGUGUUUCUGAGGAUUCCGGUUAUGAAAUCGAUGGCGUUUCUUCGUUGAUGCGAGAUAAGCUCGGUUCCAUUGAUUUUCAGUUCUUUGAGUCCAUUAAACCUCACUUGCGGGUUCCUCUCACCACCAAGGUAAAAGAAUUGGCUAACAAGUAUCCGGGACUUACGACUCAAAGGAAUGUUGAUUUGUCUCCGGCAAGUUGGAUGGCCAUUGCGUGGUAUCCGAUAUACCAUAUUCCACCUCGGAAGAUCGAUAAAGACUUAUCCACGUGUUUCUUGAGUUAUCAUACGCUUUCUUCGGCUUUCCAAGGUCAUUUGGUAGAGGGAGACGACGACGAUGAGAUUAACGAAACCAUGGACGAAGAAACAUUGUGCUGUGAGGAUGAAUCAGUAACCAAGAGACUUCCUCUGCCUCCUUUUGGUUUAGUUUCCUACAAGUUGCAAGGAGAUUUGUGGGGGAAUCAAGAAUCAUCUGACCAAGAACGUCUAGUUUAUCUCCGCAGUGCAGCGGAUUCGUGGCUGAAACAGCUUAAUGUUCAUGAUCACCAUGACUAUAUCUUCUUCUCCAUGAACAAGAGCUAGUAGGUUCAAAAAGACAAAACUCUGUUUUUAGUUGUUCUCCAACUCGCCAUUGUAGCUAAAAAUUUAUAUUCCUUCUGUUGUGUACUUGUGUUGUGAGGUGUGUGACUUGUGCCUCAAGUUUUUUUUUUUGGUCUUUCUUGCAUCUGUUUUAUGUUUGUUUGGUAAGGAUUUCUGACCAUAUAACUUUGUUGUCAGAACUAACAUAUCUUGUCAGAUGUUUUUCUUCUGUAAAUUGGUUCGUCGUUACAGAACGAAAUAAAUGAACUUUGCAA